AUGGUACUGCUGUCCGUCAUAAUUCUUUCAAACUCUCUGAUCGAAACCCAUUAGGCUCUUCCAAUCGAACCAAUCAAGUCUCACAACCAGCGGCUGUUCGUCUAUCUCUUGGGCUCCGACGGCAUGGUUUCCGAGUUUGUCGAAGAAGAGUUGGUUUUUUUGUUUAUUGCGUACUGUUCGCAUUUCGUAGAGCUGUUUGUCGAAUAUAAUGAAAAAUUGCCAAGAAUAGUCGCGCCACGGUCGCAGGUGGAAUGGCUCGACGAGCAAGCUUCGAAGAAACCGCUUCGCAGCCAUUCCGCCUCGAACCAUUCCGCCUCGGACCAUUCCACGUGCGACCAUUUGCUUCCAAAGCAAAUUAAGUGAAAUAAAGGGAUAUAUCACAGAUUUUCACUAUUGGCUAGAAAAAGCUUCGCUCACUCGGCUUGAUUCGGAAAACUAAAUGAAUAUCAGUUUUUUUCCAAGCUCUGUUUUUGAAUUUUUUUAAUAUAUUGAAAUUAUCUUUGAAACUUGAGUUUCCAGCGAAAUCGACUGGAGUUCGAGGGCUUGGAGCGACGUGAUUCUGCGCCACGACGGCUGCAAUUGUGACGAAGGACCGGAUUCUGAGUUUCGGAAAGAGUUUGAUGACGUCACGGCGGCUGAGAAACCAAGAAAAUGGCUUCGCCUCGUUCCUUUCAUGGUUCAGGCCAAAGAAUGA